AUGUCUGACCUCAAGAAGGGCUCAAUCCCCAUCGAUACUUUGGCAUUCACCGAGUCUCUUGGACUUCAGACAUUCAGAAGAAAUGCAAGAAAUGCUUGGUCUAAAGAAGAGGAUGCACUUUUGCUAAAGCGAAUGGAACAGAUGUAUCCCGAACAAUACGCUCGAAAGACCCUAACAGCACAGAAUGUUGAUUGGGAAACCGUUGCAGAAGUAUUUGAUGAUACUCGAAGAGGAAAAGACUGCCGAAAACGGUGGACAUCGUCGCUAGAUCCAUCAUUGCGGCGCGGAAAGUGGACAGAUGAAGAAGAUAGAAAGCUCAUGGAGCUGUAUAACCAAUAUGGUCCACUGUGGCAGCAAGUGGCUCUGGAAAUCGAAGGAAGAACUGAACAUCAAUGUCUGAAGCGGUUUUUAGAAGUGCUAGACCCUGCCCAACGGAAUAGACUUGCUCCAUGGUCGGAGGCCGAGGAGGUGAAAUUGAUCCGGUUGGUAAAACAGCAUGGAACCAAAUGGAAGACCGUGGCUGCACUGUUCGAAGGUAGACCACCACUUACGAUCCGAAACCGGUGGAGAAAUCUUGUCAAUCAAGUGGCCCGGGGCAGAGCAUCGGCGAUUAUUUUGGAAGAAAUGUCUCUGGUGGCGGAUGGGAACCUUAAGAGCAAAAUCAACGAGUUGGCCGCAAGACGUCAUGAUGAAGAUGGCCGUCAGUCUAAAAAGCAAAAACGUGGACACAUGGAUGGUGGGCCAACUAAACUACAAGAAAUACUGGAUGAUAUCAAUAUGAGUCUAGACACAGACCAUCUGCGAUCAAAUGGUAAUGGCGAGGGGCAAUAUGGAAACCAGAGUGAGGAGUAUCACAACCGCAAUGAAGAGUUUAGAAGAGGCCAGAAUUCUCAGGAUACAUUGCACACGCAGUUCAGGCCGAACAACGUUGCAGAAAGACGGAGUCAUGUGGAGUGGAAGUAUGGACUUGCAGUGACAGACAACACGGGGACGCUCUCAAAUUUGGAUCACCUUCAAAAACUUAUAGAAAGUGGAGGAUCUAUUCAAUCGCAGCAACUAGCUCAACAUUUGGUUGCGUUCGCUGCCCAACAUAAUAUGGAGAUAACCGUUCACCAGCAUGUUCAUCAUCACUACUCUCCGCCAAACGAAGGAAAUCGGGCUGAAAAUGGACCGAGUGGACAUGAGCGUAACGCUCAUUCUGCUCGUGUUAUGGCUUACAAAGCGGAUAGAGGCAGCAAUCCUGGUCAAUUCUACAACGUGGAGCCAGAGUCGCAGAUCAAUAGGUACCAACACUUCAACUACUUGCCUCCUUUGACAGAAACUCCAAAACUCAACUCGUCUGCAUCGUCACCAGCAUCAAGUUCAAAGGGAAGCACCCAUCAUUACCAUCACUAUCAUCACCAUCACCAUCACCACGAAGAAAACAGAAAGGAACUUACAUUAGAGGAUGAAGCCGCCACUAAGGAGUCUGAUCUUCUCAAACUACUCAAUGAGGCCGACGGACGGAACAAGGUUCUAGAUGAUGACAAGAAAAUCAUGGAGGAGAGCAGGUCAAACUCCAUGACCCCAUUGACUCAAGCUGUCCAAAUGGUGGCAGCGGCAGAGGCAGGAGAAGCAUUUCUUGACAGAAACGACGGAUACGAAGAGAAGAAGCGCAGCUUCGAUUACCAGGAUGAAGAAGCAGAGGAGGGGCUCGACUUUUUCGAAACCAUGCGUAAUUUGAAUGUUGUCGGUCGAGUAGAAAAGCCUAAUAGUCACAAUAUGGCGAAGACAGGAGAAAGCCAGCAUGUCUCACGCAUGAACACACAGCCAGUAUCUCAGCAUCAUCCACUCCAUUAUUUUACGAGCAGUGUGACUCCGCAACCAGAAAAGGCGCUUGAUGAUGAGGAGGAGGAUCUUAUCAAUUCGUAUGGAUUGUUCUACAACGCUUACCAGAAAGAUACAUCGAUGGAGCAAACCACCCUUUUGGACGCGCCUACACAAUAUGGGGCUAUUCCAUUCAAUCCUUCUUAG